AUUUUCAAGGACCUGCCCUGCAGUGAGCAGAGACAUCAGCUGGAGCAGGGAGAAUGAGGGGCUGGGGAAGGCGAGACCUGCUCUCAGUCAGGUCUGGAAUUGUCUCACUGUGUGGGGACCACUCCACUGGGUCCUGCAGGGCCUUGGAGGUCAGGAGGGCCCUGCAAGAUGAAGAGAGUGCGCACGGUGUUCAAACCAGAGCAGCUGGAGCGGCUGGAGCAGGAGUUCCUCAAGCAGCAGUACAUGGUGGGCACGGAGAGGGUGGACCUGGCUGCAACUCUGCAUCUCACAGAGACCCAGGUCAAAGUGUGGUUCCAGAACCGGAGGAUCAAGUGGAGGAAGCAGAGCAUGGAGCAGAAGGCAGCAAAGCUGUCUCAGUUCGGGGUGAUCCAGCCUGUGAGCGCCGACUCCACCGACAGCAAGGAGCACGAGGAGGACCCCGUGGACGUGGAGCUUUGAACAGCCCACAAGACUGGGCUGCUUUUUGGUGCCUGGGGAUGUGUCUGGGCUGCUUUGGUCCAAGUGAGACUGAUCUGACAUCUGGAGCCACAGGACUAAACUGCAGCUGGC